AUGGUUUUAUUUCACGAAUCGAAGCUACGAUGCAAUGGUUUCCGCGAUCGCCGUCCCCAAUCUAGGCAACUUCUCAGUUUCACACUUCUAACUACAUCCUUAUCCCAUCAAUUACCGCUCGCGCUGCUAUUUCUAGCGGCUCUCGUAGCAACCUUAUUGCCCUGUCAAACUCAAGCCAGCCGGCCUUCCGUACCCGUUACAAGCGCCACCGAUCCCGUUACAAGACCAGGUUCCAGGCUCGGUUCUAGACCCGUUCGAUCUCUCCGUUCGCUCGUCGAAUCCCAGCCGUCCGAUGGGUCAUCCUCGUUUUACGUCCUCCCCGUUACUCACUCCUACGCGCAUCUCUCUGAAAGCUCCUUCCACGCGCGCCACGGGCAGCCACGUGGCGUCAUGACCGCAGAUCACGCUCGACUUCUCAAACUGCACGAUCGUCGCCGGCUCCUCCGGCUUCAAGGAAAGUCUCCCUCCGCCAAAACCGGCGCGGAAAGCGGCGCGGUUAGAGCGGGAACAGGGGAUUGGACGAAUGUUGGGAGCGCGGGGAACGGAUCGUUGGCAGAGGGGACGGUGACUGAAGUGGGAGGCGGGGCAUUCUACCAACUAGGAGGCAAUAUGGAGAUGACUAUAGCGGGCCUCUAUUGGGCGGAGGUGCAGCUCGGGCAGCCCGUGCAAAAGUUCAAGGUGCAAAUCGACACAGGCAGUGACGUCAUGUGGGUCACCUGCUCCCCCUGCCUCGCCUGCCCAGUCGGCUCCACGGUGGUCCUUUCCCCGCCGUACGACAUUACCAAGUCGUCAACAGCACAGGUGGUUGACUGCAGCACCUCCACCUGCUCGGCGCUGCAGCAGACCCGGCGAACGCUCGGGCAGGGCUGCCUGGACAUCUUAUACCCUAACUCGGGUGACCCGCGGUGCUACUAUGGCAUCCAGUACGCGGACAACUCCAGCAGCACCGGCUACCUCGUUAGGGAUAAGCUCAGCUUUUCCACUUUGGGUGGUGACCCUGCCUCUAUGGACUACCUUUUUGGGUGCGGGUUCAAGCAAUCGGGUAACCUUGUGUCCGGUAACCACUUGGUGGACGGUGUGAUGGGGCUCAACAUGGGUGCGCUCUCCAUGCUCACGCAGAUGCAGGCUGCACGCAAGACCAACGGCGUCUUUGCACACUGUUUAGGGGGAGAGGAGCUGGGCGGCGGGAGUUUGAUAUUCGGGACGGUUCUCGAGGAUGGGCUGCUCUACACGAGUCUGCUGGACGACAGAUCACAUUACUACGUCCAGCUGAAUGGCAUAUCAGUAGCAGGGCAGCGCCUGCCAGGCAUCGACCAGUCGUCCUUCUCACCGCAGCAGGAUGUGUUUGGCGGGUCGGGCAGCCUGCAGGGGGGAGGGGUGAUUAUAGACAGCGGCACCACCCUCGCCAUGUUCCCCACUCCCAUCUACAACACAUGGCUAGACGCGGUUACCAGUCUCAUCACCCUACCCCAAGUGGGCGCCACAUCAGACUUCCUCUGCUACGACUUUGGCUCCAACAAGUACGAGGACCUUUCCAAGUACUUUCCAACAGUGACCCUGCAUUUCGAAGGGGCUGAUAUGACCGUUGAACCCCCCGGCUAUGUUUUCCUGCACUCCAAUGGGGUGGUCAUGGCUGCAUGCAUAGGAUGGCAAGCCAUGCUUGGAGGAGAUUUUUCCACUAUCACUGUCAUUGGAGACAUAGUGUUGCGCAACCACCUAGUGGUGUACGACACAGACAACAUGAAGCUGGGCUGGGCUCCCUAUGACUGUUCCGUGGGGACGAUUACAGCCGAUGGUGGGGAAUACAACAUCACCAUUAUUGUGGGAGCCAAUCUCUCACCCCCUCCACCCGUCAAGUCGUCUGCCCCUGCUGUUCGGGGUCCCGCUCUGAUGCUCUCGAUACUAGCUGCUGCGUUAACAUCUGCAGUGCUUUUCCUCGACAACGGCGGAGAUGGUUUGCUAGAAGAAAACGAGUCUUCUUCUCGCCAGGGGUCAGUGGCACUGGAUGCAUCGGAAAGCUGUGAGCACUAA